AUGAACAUGAGUGAAUAUCAGGACUAUGACAACUAUGAGAACACGUUCACACCAUCUGAUUUUGACUAUGGCACGCUUUUAACAAAUUGGUGUCAAAUGGAUGACCUCUACAGUUUUAGUGCCAUGUUCACCAGCAUCCUGUACUCUCUGAUUUUUCUUCUCAGUCUGCUAGGAAAUAGCCUCGUCUUAUGGAUCAUAGCGAAAUAUGAAAACCUCACAUCCUUAACAAAUCUCUUCAUCGUUAAUCUUUGCAUCACUGACUUGGCUUUCUCUUGCACGCUGCCCUUCUGGAUUGUCUACUACUACUAUGGAUGGAUUCUUGGUGCUUUUCUCUGCAAGGCCGUCAGUGCCAUCUUCUCUAUCAGCUACUACUGCGGCGUUAUCUUUCUUACCAUAAUGACAAUCUUCCGAUACCUGUCCGUGGUAGAUCCCUUGUCAACUUUGAGAUCACAAACAAAAAAGCGUGGCGUUCUGGUGAGCUUGGCCAUUUGGACCAUCAGCGUGUUGGUCGUGAUUCCUGAAAUCCUUUUUACUGAAGUUGUAAUCAACCAUAAUGGCCAACAGCAGUGUGAGUACAUAAAUUCCACCUGGAAGUUUGUAGAGCUGUGUCAGCAAAUUGCUUUCUUUCUGUGCUCGUUUUCUACCAUUUCAAUUUGUUACAUCCGGAUGCUUAAGAUCUUGCUUGGGUCGAGGUCUCAAAAGAGGUACAGGACUGUGAGACUCAUAUUUGCCAUUGUGCUUGUCUUUUUCCUCAGCUGGGCACCAUACAAUGUGCUUGGUUUCCUGUUUUUUUCAUCAUCCACUCUUAUGAUCAAACUAGACUGUGAAUCCCGCAAGCAAGUUUUCUUCGCUUUUGACGUCAGCCGCAAAAUUGCCUUCUGCCACUGCUGUUUCAACCCAGUGCUCUAUGUCUUGGUUGGGGUGAAAUUCAGAAGGCACCUAAAACUCUUGUGCAAGAAGUACUGUUCUCACCACAGCAGGAUCGAACCCUCCAGUCCAAGGGCUCAUUCUUUUCACGCAGGCCCAUAUGAGGAUGCAUCCAUGUACUGA